UGACUGUAUACUUCUCACAGGAGCGCCGGGGUGAGCACAUGUAGCGGGGGACAUGAAGACUCGGGGGACCUGCAGGACCGCAACAACAACAAUAACAACAACAAUAACAACAAGAACAUCACCAUGACCAGCGAGGAUCUCCUGCAGCCCGGACACGUCGUGAAGGAGCGAUGGAAAGUGUUACGGAAGAUCGGCGGCGGCGGGUUCGGGGAGAUAUACGAGGGUCAGGACCUGGUGACCCGCGAGCAGGUGGCCCUCAAGCUCGAGUCUGCCAAGCAACCAAAGCAGGUCCUCAAGAUGGAGGUGGCCGUCCUCAAGAAGCUCCAGGGUCGUGAGCACGUGUGCCGAUUCAUCGGGUGUGGCCGUAACGAACGGUUCAACUAUGUGGUGAUGCAGCUUCAGGCCAAGAACCUGGCCGAGCUGCGCCGUGCCCAGCCCCGAGGUGCCUUCAGCCUCUCCACCGCCCUGCGUCUCGGCCACCAGAUCCUACGAGCCAUCGAGGCCAUUCACGAGGUCGGCUUCCUACAUCGUGACAUCAAGCCGUCCAACUUCAGUAUGGGUCGCCUGCCUCACACCUGUCGUAAGACCUACAUGCUGGACUUUGGAUUAGCUCGCCAGUACACCAAUGCCAAUGGUGAAGUGCGAACUCCCAGAGCAGCAGCGGGCUUUAGAGGAACAGUACGAUAUGCAUCCUUGAAUGCUCACAAGAAUAAGGAGAUGGGACGCCAUGAUGACUUGUGGUCAUUAUUUUACAUGGUUGUUGAGUUUGUCAAUGGUCAACUACCUUGGAGAAAAAUCAAGGAUAAGGAACAGGUUGGCCUGAUGAAAGAAAAAUAUGACCAUCGGUUGCUCAUUAAACACCUGCCUUCUGACUUCAAGCAGUUUCUAGAACACAUCCAAAACUUAGAUUAUCAUGACAAGCCUGACUAUGCUAUGUUAUCAGGAUUAUUUGAACGAUGUAUGAAACGACGGGGGAUAAAGGAAUCUGAUCCAUUUGAUUGGGAGAAAACCCCCACUGAUAAUUCCUUGGGCACCACUACUACUACUACCCACGCUGUCAUCACCAAGCCACAACAUGCAGAUAGUCGAUUGGUUUAUGGCGGAGGUGGCAUGACGGAUAACAUGCUCGAUGACAACGUGUUGGGUUCUGUAGACAAUCAGGAAAAUGUUGAGGCCCCACAUGAUCGUGAACAUGACCCACGCAGACGCCGGCGACGAGACACCGUCCUUCACCAGCCACAGCCUAACAUCAACCAGCAACAGGUGGAGACUAAGGAGCGGGUGCUGAACGAUAACAACGUCAAUGCCAACAUCAUCGCCAACACUGAGAAGGACACCAACGAGGUGGAGAUGUCACCCAAGAAGAGAAAGGUAGAGGAGUUCACUUGUGAAAAGGAAGUAGAAGGUGGAGGCGAGAAAGAGAAGGAGGGACGGCUAGAGUGUUCCACUGAUUGGGAUGGUGAUGCUGUCAUGGCCUCCAGACAGGGACACACCACACCAAGAGGAGCUGGUGGGGAUGACAACAAGAACAGAAAGCCCCUAGCAGUGUUAAGGUUGUCAUCUGUGGAUACUGCAGCAGAUGACGUAGACAUGAAUGUUGAACCAGCCAGUAAGAGGGAUGAUCAGUAUUCUGUGCAGGAUGCCAGUUAUGUGAGUUUCCAAGAUGGUGGGCGGUUAGCGAGGAUAGAGCCUAGUGCUGGAGGAGUAUCACCUGGAGGUUCCACACCACCCACAGAGGGCGAGUUUCACCCCCAUGCUCGUGAUCACACUCCACAUCGUAGAACUCAUCAUAAAAGGAGUCUUGGAUUUGCGAGGUUCCAUCCGGUGCAACGAGCCAAAUAUCUGGGUCAUAGAGACCUCUCCAUCACACAGUUUGCUCUGGCUGAUGAUGAUAAUAUGUCUCAGCCAGCUACUAAGGGUGGUGGAUGUGGCCUUACUCUAGCAUCACAGUGGAAAUCACAGUUUGAUGAUUCUGAGGAAACAGACAAUGAGCUCAAAGCUGACAAUCUGCAGAGCCCUGAACACAAACAACGCUUAACUCUGGUGUCUCCUUCAUCCCGUGGGCCUGAUGACACCACCAUGACACCUGUGCAGGAGGUGGGCACCACAGAAAAAUCUCGGCGAGUUGGUACCGAGCUCUCCAGAAUUAGUGAGGAUGACCGUCACCGCUCCUCCGACCACCACACCCACACCCAGGUGCCGGAUGUGACGAUGAUCGGAGGCAGUGUAGCGGGAAGUCAUGGCAUAGACGAAUUUCGUGUUGUAACAAAGGCAUCAGGGGGAUUAGAAGAAUCUGGACCGGCAGUAGCUUGUUUGGCUAUGGAAACUACAGGUGUACUGCAGGUUGACUUGGGAGGACAAGUUACUAGCCUUCCACGUGCCUGGUCCAACCCACAACUAUCUAGUCACAUUCGUCCUGGGCUGGAACCUCCAUUGGUACACACUACUACUGUCACUGAUGCUGUCUAUGAAUUAGAUGUUGCUCGUGGUAUUUGUGUCAAGACUUCUAGAGAAGGCUCUCCCCUCACCCCGGAGCGUCGGCAAAGCAUGCCAGAUAUUGGUGUUUGUGAGCCAGAAGAAGGUGUAGAGGAUGAUGCUGUGGUAGGUGGCAAAAUUGAAUUCCGUGUACUUGAUAAGGACAGAAAAUUUUCUGAACCUGCUGGCCCCACCACUAUAGUAACUAGCCAGACUCGGGUGUCUCGCCAAGAACUCUCUAGUGUAGUGCCUGCACCAGCUGCAUUUAAUGUUGGGGCUGAGAACCCACCACUACCACCACCACCAUCCAUGUUAGACCUGCCUCCUGGAACUACAAAUAAAUCUGCUUCCCUCCAAUCUAGCCCAAUUACACAUCCUGAAGAACGUUCUGUCUAUUACGAUGCUCCGCCUCCAGAAGAUCUGUCACAGCAACCUGGUCAGAAGACUCAUAGUAAGAGUGGUUCACCUAGAAAUGAACAAGAGGAUGAUGGUCAUAAAAACAGUGAAACUUCAGACACACCACUCAAAGACAAGGGUGAGGGGCGAAGUGGUAAAAAAGACGAUACUCGACGGCGACUAGGAGUUGUAGCUUUACCAGUAGUCAUGGAAGAUAAUAAAGACCGUGAUGCUGAAUCUACUCGCUACGAAUCUGCAGCCCAUCCACCCGAUACCAGCCGUUAUGAAUCUGCCGUACACGAUCACACUGUAGUCACAACAGUUCAGGAGACCUCACGAUAUGAGACUGUUAUGGGUGCUCCACUGCCAGAGUCAUCGCGCUAUGAAACUGUUAUGGGUCAACGAGAGACUGAAGGAAGAACACGACAAGAUACAAUUUGUGAUGAAGAAAAGUCUCUGUUGUCUGAGCGAAGAAAGUCUCUAGAAUUUGUUUUAGAAGAAAAGAUUGAAAGUGAUGAUGCUAGAAAGAUAUCUGUUAUCAAUUUACAUGAUUUGUCUGCAGCCUUCCAAGUAUCAACAAUGAUUAACAGGUCACGGACAGUGACACCAUCAGUAUCGCCGAGAGGGACACCACCACACAGUGAAAGUGGUGGCCGUCGUAGUCGAUCAUCCCGUCAUCGCCGCUCCUGUGAGGAUCUGUUAGAAGAGGGUUCUGAGGAGUCUUCCAAAACUAAUACACCCCGGCCAACUGACCUACAGCCAAGAUCUUCCCUGUCACCUGAUCGGCAACGGGGAAAUGGUUCAAGGAGAUCACCUGCUGCACAGGAUGAUUCUUCUCAAAAAAGUCGCAUUCCUGUGCCUAUGUGGGCUCGCACUGCCAAAGAUGGAGAGCCUGAAGGCAGCCUUAAUACACCAUCAGGCGGUAGAAGUCCACGGUAUACAGAAGCAGAACGUGCUGAGGCGGCUCGUAGAAUUUCUGUGGCCUUAGCAGAAAAGGUUACAUCACCAGGUAAUGAAGAAGAUUCAUUAAGCACACGUAGUGGUGUGUCAGAGCAUCGAUCGGGCCGUGAACGUGGGUCAGUAGCUUCCUGUGAAUAUCAGCAUUCUGCCAGCCAAGAAGACCAUAGUGAGGAUCUUGCUGACCUUACACCAGCACUGCGUAGACGGCGACAAGGUGUAGACAAAUAUGUCACUGAUGAGACACAGCUCAACCUUCGAUUCCAGCGACGUCGCACUCGACCAAUGUCUGACGUGAACCCACCGCCACCUGCUCUCUUGCAGUCCAGGAACCGUCAGAGUAGACAACGAGUGUCCAUGAUAGAAGCAGGAACAGGUGGUCGUUACUACGACAGUGGACGAGGUGUGCCUUCCUACCUCCUCAAGCCUCAGCAUGAAGAUUCUAGUGAGUCAGAAAGCUCACACCCACGAAAACCACGUCCUCCCUCCUCAGAACCUCCAUCUGCAGCCAGAGAUGUUGCUGCCAGACAUCAGGUAGCUAGUGAUGAACGACGGCAUCUGAUUGGCAGAUUCGCCAACCAAUGAGAGAUGCUAUCACAGUUCAAAACAAACAUGGUGAAGGAUAAGGCGGUAUCGGCCUUUGAGUGCGGACAGCAGUGACAACUACAGGAGGCAGCACCACCAACGCACUGUUUCUCCAGACUGACAGGAACCUCGGCCCUAGUCCUCAUCGGCAGGAGGAGGCGUCCAGCUCCCAGGCCUACUCACUUGCAGCUCCUCGCCCACCUCCCAAACACAUCUCCAUUCACACAUCCACAAACGCACAAAUUCCCCACCAAUCACGUGUAAUGUCUGUACCCGUGAGCUCAGUCGAACACAGUCUUAUGGCGAAUCAUAUUUUCAGUACCAGCAACCUGAACAACAGUUAGUAUUAGUUAAGGAAACUAAAUUAAAACACAGAAAAACAAGAAAAUUAUGUGGAUGUUGGCAAAUGUUUUUAAGAAGACGUGGCAAAACUUUGCCAUUCUCAUUACACAGAAAUCAAGAGCUGAGCAGAUGUCGUCUAAAUCUUUUCAAACCACCACGUGUUUAACAGCAUAGAAAAUAUUGCCAAAUGGUGCUUUUUCCCUCUCAUUUAAGAAAAUUUGAAGCUGUUAUUUUGCUUGGGAGGAUUCAUUAUAGUGAGAGGCCUAGAAGGUGUGGAUAUUCUUAUGUCUAGGUAGGUGAGAGAUAAGGGAAACAAGAGCAACUCCACUAGUGACCCCAGACUUGUAGUUAUGGUACAAGAAAGCCCCUUUUCCCCUAUAUGCAAAUUCUCUGCAGCUGCUACUGCGUGAAGCAGCUUGCCUAAAGGCUCUCAAAGACAGAGAAUCUCUGCUGCAAAUAUUAGGCAGUGUGAUAAUGAACCUCAGUAGCUGCCAGUGUGACACAUGGGGGUAAUGUGUGGCUAAAGGUGAUUGGAGAAGUGGACCCUGAGCUGCCAGUGUGGCACAUGUGGUAAUGUGAUGGGGAUGGUGGGAGCUGUUAUCCUUAAACUGCCAGUGUGAGAUUUGGGUCGUAAGAGGGUGAUGGGAGCCAAGUGCCCUCAGUUGCCAGAGUAAGACUCAGGUCAGUGCAAUGGGGGUGCAGCCGGUUGAAACAUCACCUGCACAUGGUUGUGAUAUUUGCUAUGUACGUUCUGUGUACUGACACUCGCUAGGUUAGAUAGUAACUGUGCCAUCCUCUGUUGCCAUUGAUUGACUUUUUAUAGGUCGUUCUGGCUACAAAUCCCAGGUCAUUAAAGUUAUCUUUUUGCUGAGAAAGACAUCAGUUUAAAAAAUACUUUUAAUGUACAUUACAAUUUAGAUACCAUACUUAAAAAGGCACCUAUGGUCAAAUGUGAUGUAAUAUUCUUUAAUGUUUUCUUCUGAUCUAGGUACCUGUAUUCACUUUAAGGGUUCUGGAUAACUGUUGUAAAUUUACUAAUACAAGUUAGCCUUUGAUAUUGCUGUUAAUGAACUAUUUUGGGGAAUAACUGCAAUAUUCUAGAGUGUCUCAGAGUAUCUCUUGCAUAUUGCCCAAAUACUCAGUAGCCCUUACACUUUGAAGCUUUGUCGUUUUCUCUAAGCUAACUACGAAUGCUGUAAGUAUUCCUGCAGUGCACAUACAGUAUGCUGAUGAUGCAGUUUGAAUGUUUAUUUGUUGAGUCAAGAGUUGGGUUCUGUUUUGUCCCCUGUGCCAUUACCUGUGUUGCAGGUUUGUUACAUCAACAUUUCCCCUUCAGUAAAGAAAAUAUAUUUGUGUAAAUGCAGUGCUGAAAGUUGGCAAGCAUAGUUAAUGUGAUGUUUCUUUGAGAAUGCAGAAGAAAAUGGUGUGCUUACCUUGGCUUUUUGGUCUUAGUAUUGUGGGGAACAAAUUCAUAAGUUACCGUAAUGUAAUAUCACAGAGGAAACUGCGAGUCUAAAGUACCAUGUCUGAAUGGAUGAAGGAGUUGAAUUUAAGUUAUGGUCAGUAUUUAUUUUUGGUUUUGGUGAUGUAAGAGAUAAAUACAAACUCUGAUUAAUUUGAUCUUUAUGUUUCUGUAGUACAAAUAAUAGGGAAAAUUUUAGUUCUCAUGGCCUUUUAUGUACUAAUACUCUAUAAGAUCAAGAAAGCAAGGAUUACUCAGGCCUUAGGUGUAUCAGCAUUGUAAGUUGUGUAGACUAUUGAAAUUUGCCUCUGGGAUGAACUUCCUUCAGGAAGUAUGUGAUGAGAUCCUAAAAUAAUGUAUUUAAAUAUCAAUCAAAUUUAUAUACUGUAAUGUGAUUACCUAUUUUAUUAAACAUAAAAUGUUUUGUAGUCAUUUUAUGGUACAAAGCUCACUGAUGUGUUAAAAUUUUCAGAAAACACUGAGAAAUAUAAAACGAUACACAUUUGGAAAACUACUUAGACUCCUGAUAUCCAUAUGAUAAAACAAGUCUUGAUUGUACUAAAUGUUCCUCUCUCUUUUACAAGUAUUGUAGAGUUAAACUGUAUUAAUGGUGAGAGUGGAUGGAGGAUUGACUGUUAUUGUCAUCAGACAGAGGUUAAGAGAGGGUGGGUGAUGACAAAGUUCUCUGAAAUUAACCAUAUCUUACUACUGUCAGGAUCCUUCAUGUUCCACAUUCACCAAGCUUAGGAACUGUAUCUGUGCUGUGACAUUUUACUGAGAACCCCCAAGUUUUAUACAUGGAUUAGAAGUUGUAAUAUUUUACUUGUCAGUUACUAUAUCUGGCAUAGCACAUUUAAUUAUGGCAAAUUAUAGAGCUAUAUAAAAAUGUCACCCAAAUAAAGGUGCUUACCAACAAUACAUUCAACUGUUUGAGUGAAUCAGGUGAAAAGUUAAUAGUCAUGCAUUAGUCAUUAAUAGGUAUGCAAGUGUCUACGUGAAAAUAUAUUUAUCAGUCAUAUGAUUAUAGCUGAUAUGAGAUUUGGUAUUUAUUUAAAUGCCUUGAUUUUUAAACUAGACUUGUAGAUAUUUAAUUCUUCUUGAAUCUCAUUUAUUAAGCUCCUUUCUAUGGGAAGGUUUUUUAGCUAAACUUAAGAAAAUCAUCUCACUGCAUUUGUGGCUAUAAAGAUAACCAAGAGACAACCCUGAAAUCAAAAGCAGCUUGCAUGCAAAAAUAAGUAUUUAAUUUCUGUCAACUCUGUACACUCCUCCUUUGACUUACAGUUUCCCAGACAAACCAACCACUUUGCAGACUAUCGGUAACUUCCCAGAGUUAUUGUUAUAGAAAUCAUAUGCCACAGUGCAUAUUUUAUAUUGACGACUUGCCUCUUAUGUAUUGUUGAACCAGUGCUUUGUAGAGCUUUGUUUUGUCUCCUGGAGAAAUAGAUUAGGGUCUUCUACAUCUCCUUAUAAUAAAACUUAUGAUUUAACACCCUGAAAGGUAAACACUGUACUUGAGCUUAUUAUUGCUUGGAGAAAUUUUAUGAACUUUGGUUGUUCCAUAGAGGUGAAUGGAGUUCAUUUUGUUUCCAUACAUUAUAUAACUUGGAGAAGAUUUUUUACCUUCCCUGUAUCUCCUGGAAGCUUGAUAUGGCUUUGUUGCACAUGUUGGAGGUCAAUUACACAGGGAAUGCGCCAAGGGAAGUGAUAGAUGAGAACAUAAUGGUAUAGGGAAUGGAGAGAGCAAUUGUUCAACCAUUAUUUAACUUGAGGAGUGCUUGGUGACGUUCAUAACCUCGCAUUCGGGCAUUAGUAAUGUCACACAUGGACUGUUCACAGCCUUUCUGGUGUUCAUCAAGCUCUAUGAGUUUGUAUAUGCGCAUGUGUGAUGUAAGGUCUGGCUAUUGCAAAGUUAGGAACGUCACUUAUGAUACGUUCAUGCAGCUCUUUUAUAUUUAUUGUGUUAAUGAGCCUUAUGUUGGUGAACCUAUCAUGCAGUAGCAAAAUAAUCUGAAACAUUACACAAUCUUUAAUACUAUUUAAAAAAAAAAGAUCAUGUGUUACACUGAGCUUGUCUUGGUGAAUAAUUGGUUGUGACAGUGCAGUGUAGAGGUUCACCACGACCAGUCAUGUUUGUCAGGUGUUUCUUUACCCACACAUUUCCUAUGACUUCUUAAAGUGUUUCAGUAUCAGUAACGAAAUUUACAUUUAUUUCACCCUUUUUUUAUUCAUGUGGUUACUGGCCGGAUGUACUAUAAUGUCCAGAUUGUAUAUUUUUGUUCUGUGUACUUAGAUUGUUAUUUACAAUUAAAUUAUAGCAAUGCCUUCUAAU